UGUCAAGACAUGUCUGCUGGUGCUUCUGUCAAAAGUGCACGUGCGUGAUGUUUUCCUCGAAACAAACACCGCAGAAGCGACCCAGACAUGAAGGUGGCGCGGAAAAAAGACAGACUUACCCUAUCUUCUCGUCUAGCAGUUCCUCAAAGCAAACCACCAUUGCACCCGUUACACCUGCCUCCGAGCCUGUGGUUGAGCCCAAGGCAACACCCGAGUUCAAGCCCCUAGCAGAGCAGAUGCGGCCAUCUUGUCUCGACGAGUUUGUGGGCCAGAGCAGCGUGCUGGGUGACCGAAGCCUUCUGCGGCAGCUCAUCUCCAGUAACCGCAUCCCCUCCAUGAUCCUCUGGGGACCACCUGGCUGUGGAAAGACCACAUUAGCUCAUAUCAUUGCGAACCAGUGCAAGCAGUCAUCGGAUGCGAGGUUUGCAACUCUGUCGGCCACUACCGCUGGUGUGAAGGACGUCAAGGAGGUCUUGGAGAGAGCCAAAAAUGACCAGAAGAUGUUCAAGAAGAAGACUGUGCUGUUCAUUGAUGAGAUCCACCGUUUCAACAAGCUUCAGCAGGAUGUCUUCCUGCCAGCAGUAGAGUCCGGUGCAGUGGUCCUGGUGGGAGCGACCACAGAGAACCCAUCCUUCUCACUCAACUCGGCCCUGCUCUCGCGAUGCCGUGUAUUUGUGCUCGAGAAGCUCCCCACUGCAGAGGUGGCACUCAUCCUACACCGUGCUCUUGCCCGUCUGGACGUCGAGCUCGUCUUCAAAAAUGACGGACCACAAGUGGGCUCACCUAGUGGGCAGCUGUUGAUGGAGGAAGAAGCGGUGGACUUUCUGGCAGUCAUGUGUGAUGGGGAUGCCCGCACGGCCCUCAACUCGCUCCAGACAGCCGUCGAGGCGCACCGCAGCACGGGAGGAGGCCAGCGAAUCACAGCCGAGAGUAUCAAGGAAGGCCUCAAGAGGACUCAUUUCCACUACGAUAGAGCAGGCGACCAGCACUACGACAUCAUCUCUGCCUUCAUCAAGUCUAUGCGAGGUGGUGAUGCCAAUGCAGCGCUCUACUACCUGGCACGCAUGUUGGCCGGGGGGGAGGACCCGCUCUUCAUCGCACGCAGGCUUGUCGUCUUUGCUAGUGAGGACAUUGGUGUCGCAGAUUCCCAUGCUCUCGUCCUUGCUGUAGCAACACACGACAGUGUCAUGAAAGUAGGGCUGCCUGAAUGUAGGAUCAUGUUGUCCCACUGCACCACCUACUGUGCGAGGGCACCCAAGUCCCGUGAGACGUACAAUGCAUAUGCACAUGCAGAAGAGGUUGUGCGGAAACACGAGGGACCCCUGCCGGCAGUGCCUAUGCAUCUGCGGAACCAUGCCAGUUCUGAACAGCGUGUGCAGGGACGUGGCAAGCCAUUUCUGCCACAGCAGAUUGCCCAUUUGGACUUUUUCAAGUAGCAUUCAUCCAGAGGCACGUUGUAGGAAAUGGGAGACACACAGUGUACCCGCUGUUGAGUAUGGCUAUACAUAGUUUGUCAUCAGUCUCUUCAAGCAAGACAGUGUCACUUGCACUCUUGGUCUCUGUGCGUUGUGAAACUUUGGACAUCUUAAUAGUCUGUAUACAUAUAGAUAUAUAUAUAUA